GAUUCAUCAGGACAUGAGACUCACCAAACAUGUGCCUUUGCUCAAAAAGACCCUGGAGCUGUUAGUUUGUAGAGUCAAAGCUAUGCUCACAUUCAACAAUUGUAGAGAGGCUUUCUGGUUGGGCAAUCUCAAAAACCGGGACUUACAGGGUGAAGAGAUUGUGUCCCAGAAUUCUCAGCCGAGCACAGCCGAUGAAAGUGAGGAUGACAUGUCAUCCCAGGUCUCCAAGAGCAAAGCAAUGGAGGAUGGAGACGAAGAUUAUGAGGCAAGUACUGGAGAAAAGGAGCGAGACAGCGAUGAGAGUUAUGGCGACUCUGAUUAGAACCCAGAGAGUAUAUUGCCUCCUUCUCCAUCUCUGGCAGCCUCUGACAAUUUUGUUAAGGAUUCCAAAGCUGCUAUUUGCCUUUCUAACUGGGAGGAUCCUAUUUUGUCUUUAAAUAAGGGGCUCUCUUUAAUUAACUUAGUUGUGGAUUUCAUAGAUUGUCGAACAUUAGCAAAGUCUCUAGCUUAGGAUUCCUGUGUAGCAUUAUUUAUUGGUUUGGAUAAACAUCGCAGUGGUACACUGCGAAGUAAAAACUGAGUCAUGAUUCUGAGCUUUUGGAGCUAAUUUUGACAUUCUUUCAGUUAUUCAAGAAUUUAGGUUUAUACCAGUGUUACAAAUAAAUUCUGUUCUAAGUUUUGCCUCA